AUGUCUCAGUCGCAAACAACUACACCACGGAAAAGAGGCAGACCUACGAUACUAAAGGAUUACGCUGAUCCCAUGAAGAGCCCCAUGGCCUACUCCUCUUUACAAGUGCAAAAAUCCAACCAGUGUUUUAAUAAACCUCUUAUGCGUAUUGCGGGGGCUGGCAAUACAUCGCCUGUUAAGUUCAAAACGCCCGUGACGAAAAACGUGACGGAUUUAAAUGCGUCGAUCACGUUCAUAGAUGAAUCUUCUCCUCCAUCGUCAGCAGACUCUGUUGGAUCUGGGGGGAAGACUUCUAAGUUUAGAGGUAUUGUGAUUAACACCCCCAAGAAGUCUACUGCUUCAAAGUCUUCUGGGUCCGGGCAGGAAUCGUCGCCCCUGACGCCAUUAGACAACGUGUUCUCGUCAGUUUCCAGGGCUCAACUGAGCUCCCCGCCAGGGAUUAUGCAUGAAGACUAUGGAUCUCCACUGAAGAAACGUCGUACCUCGGUUAGAACCAGGCCUGUGGGGACCACGUCUGUUGCAGCGAAUAAAGGGGAAGCAGACGCGAACAAGGCGACCAGUGCAAAUUCGCGAACUACCAGCUCUGCUGCGGCUUUCAAGUUUUUUCUGAGUAUCGAUAAUGAGGGUAAAGCUUGUAUUUCUGAUUCUCGGGUAUCUAUAGGUACUACUGGCCAUGGUUCUGGUUCAGCUUCCGGCGCUGGUACUGGCAAUCCCCUUGUUGAUGGCUGUAUGCAUAGUUGUAAUGUACUGGGGGUCAAUGCUGCUACAGGCGAGGGUUGGGUUUCUGCGCCAGCGAUGAAGUUUGACAAGAGAAGGGUGCUUGGUCUUUUGAAGCAAAUGUCCAAGAAAUCGGGUAUUUCUACGGCUCCAUCAGCUAAUCCCCUCUCUGCCUUCAUUCCCAUCUCUUCUUCAGCCUCCACAUCUUCCCUGGGCUCUAAUAUCACAGCAGCAUCAGCAGCUCCCAUAACAACAACAAAAAUGACCACCACCAACACAACAUCGAAUAUUAAUAAUAAAAAGCAUCAGAACAAGUCAAACGAAGUAUAUUCUUCCGACUUUCCGCCGUGUUCUCCUCCGCCGCCGCCUAAUUCAUCUGCCAUUCCCUUGACCCCUCGCUGCACAUCCGUUUUUCAGUUCAAGACAGGUUUUACGCCAUGUAACAUCUCUAUUGAUGAGUUGCUAAGAAGUCCUCAAGUCAAGUCCGCUGGAGCUGAUAGAUUCCUUAUCUCUUCUGUAUCCACCCCCGCUGGUAACGCGGCUACCACCGUUGCUGCGGCUGCAGCUAUGUCUGCAAAGCAAGAUCACUUCGUCUUCAAACUAUCUUCUGGAGAUCCACUCUUGAUGAACGACGAAGAUUCAGAACUGUUAGCCCAUGUAAGCAAUGACCCCGCAGAAAUGCAGCAUAUUUUGAAUUCCCCCAGAAGACCCGUAUGCUUCAACACUCCUCCCUCAUGGGUUAACGUGAGUUCACCUCCAAGGUCUUCAUCUAUGAUGAAAUCUGAUGGCCAAAUACAUACCUCUUCGGUGAUUUUAUCAAAAAUUGAUGAGCAACCUUCCACUCCAGGGGUUCCUCUCAAUGAAUCUGCACCUGUAUUCCAAUACACGCCUAUAAUUCAACAAGCUAUGUCCGGGGCCUUCUCUAAGCAACAUUUGCUUCCUGAUGUUGCUCAUGAAAAGGUUCAGAUAACAAACUUAAGCAGUAAUGAUAAAGGGACUGCACCCAUAGAACAUGACGAUGCAAGGCUAGCUCUGAAGAAACUGAUUAAAGGCUAA